CUCCACAUUUACAAGCCAUUGAAGUAGCAGAAGGCAACUAAAUCACCAACUUCAUCACUUAUAAACAUAACCAAAAAUUGAAGAAUGAAACCGUCUAGUAUAACAAAUAGUGGAACAGCAUCUUCUGCUCUUAUCCCUACAAUCAAUCGUCGAUCUGCCAAUUAUCAUCCUAAUAUUUGGGGUGAUCGAUUCCUCUCCUAUGAUUCUAACUUCAUGACAAUAGAUAAUGCUACACACCAUCAGCUUGAAGAGCUAAAAGAAGAAGUAAGAAGAACUCUAGUUGUCACCACCAAUAACUCUCUUCAGAAAUUGCAAUUAAUAGAUGCAAUCCAACGACUGGGAGUGGAUUACCAUUUUGAGAAAGAGAUAGAAGAUGAAUUAGAAAAAUUAUAUCAUGAAAAUGAUGAUAAUGAGAAUGAUCUCUAUACUAUUGCACUAAGAUUCCGAUUACUUAGACAACAAGGUUUUAAUGCAUCAUGCGAAGUGUUCAACCAAUUCAAAGAUGAUGAAGGAAACUUCAAGAAAUCCUUAGUUUGUGACGCGAAAGGCAUGCUAGAGCUGUAUGAAGCUACACAUGUACGAGUGCAUGGAGAAAAUACACUGGAUGAAGCACUUGAAUUUACCACCAUUAACCUUGAAUGGGCAGCAACUAACUUAGACUAUCCUCUUUCAUAUCAAAUCUCUGAAGCCCUAAAGCAGUCGAUUCGGAAGCGCUUACCAAGACUAGAAGCUAGAAGAUAUGUUUCCUUCUACCAAGAAGAUUGUUCUCACAAUAAAGCUUUACUGAAGAUGGCGAAACUAGAUUUCAACUUGUUACAAUCAUUGCAUAAGAAGGAGCUAAGUGAGAUCUUCAGGUGGUGGAAAGAUUUAAAUUUUGCAACAAAGCUACCAUUUGCAAGAGACAGGAUCGUUGAGUGUUACUUUUGGAUAUUAUCAGUGUUCCAUGAACCUCAAUACUCUUUUGCUAGGAGGAUUUUGACCAAAAUAAUUGCUUUGGCUUCUGUUCUUGAUGACAUCUAUGAUGUUUAUGGGUCACUUGAAGAACUUACACUACUUACGGAGAUAAUUCAAAGGUGGGAAGUCAUAGAUUUGUAUACAGAACCACUUCCAGAGUACAUGAAACACGUUUAUAAAGCACUUCGAGAAGUCUAUCGUGAAAUAGAGGAAGAGCUAGCCAAGGAAGGAAAAUUCGAUCGCAUUCAAUAUGCUAUAGGAGCGAUGAAAGAAUUUGUCAGAUCUUAUUAUGCUGAAGCGAAAUGGCUCCAUGAAGGAUAUGUACCAAGUAUGGAGGAGUACAUGGGUGUGGCUUUAGUAUCAAGCGGGAAUCCUAUGCUCACUGUAACGUCUUUCGUUGGAAUGGGAGAUAUUGCUACAAAAGAGGCCUUGGAUUGGAUCUCCAAUGAACCUAAGAUAGUUAGAGCUGGAUCCACCAUCAGCAGGCUCAUGGAUGACAUUGUUUCCUAUAAGUUAGAGAAAGAAACAGGGAAAAUUGCCUCUGCAAUUGAAUGCUACAAGAGAGAAUAUGGGGUGACAGAAGAAGAAGCAUGCAAUGAGUUUAAUAAGCAAAUAAUGAAUGCUUGGAAGGAUAUUAACCAGGAGUUGCUUAAACCAACAGCAGCAUGGCCAAUGCCACUCCUCAUGCGUCCCCUGAAUCUUGCUCGUGUAAUGGAUAUUCUAUACAAAGAUGGAGAUAAUUACACACAUGUUGGUAAAGUUGCAAUUGAUGGAAUCACCUCGUUGCUCAUUGAUCCAAUGAGUUGAUAUUGCUAAUUUUGGAGAGGAGGUUUUGGGUUACCUUUGUUGAAUA